AUGCGCAUUCACUUUUGGAGCCUGCUCACAGCGGCGACACUUGCUACAGCCGGAAAGCAUCUGCCGCCCCGCAACUACUCGAGCCACGACUACUAUGCCAUUCACAUUUCCCCAUCCGCAUCGCCAUCAGACCUCGCCGCGCAUCUUGGCCUGACGUACGAGGGUCCAUUUGGGACGCUCGAGGAUCAUCAUGUCUUCAAGGCCCCUAAACAUGGAAACGAUAUCGUAGACGACGCACAACAAGAACUGAAGAGGAGGCGGCGGAAAAGAGAAAUCGGUCUCGAGUACCACCCUCUCGACAGCAUCCACUUCACCCAAAAGCAGAAGAUCAAGGCGCGGCAUUGGAAGCGCAGCGUGAUACCCGAUCGGCCAGAUAGAGCCCCGCCCGUCACCCCUGCCAUUCAAGCCCAGCGCGAAGUUGCGAGCAAGCUACAGAUCAAGGACCCCAUCUUCGAGGAGCAAUGGCACAUCUUCAAUGUAAAGACACUCGGCAAUGACAUUAAUGUUACAGGUGUGUGGAUGCAGGGCAUCACAGGUGAAGGCGUCACCGCAUGCGUUGUUGACGAUGGCCUGGAUUAUACCAGCAACGACCUCAAGGACAAUUUCUUCGCCGAAGGCUCCCACGAUUACAACGACCAUGAAGACCUACCCACCCCAAAGCUCUCCGACGACCGACACGGUACACGAUGCGCUGGAGAAAUUGCUGCAGGAAGGAACGACGCCUGUGGUGUCGGACUUGCCUACGAUGCGAAGAUCUCAGGUGUGCGCAUUCUUUCGGGCGAUAUUACAGAUCUUGACGAGGCCCUCGCGAUAAACUACGAGAUGCAGAAGAAUGACAUCUACUCAUGCUCGUGGGGUCCACCAGAUGAUGGUAAGACCAUGCAAGCUCCAGGCAUUCUUAUCGAAAAAGCCAUGGUUACUGCUGUCCAGCAAGGUCGUGGUGGAAAGGGAUCCAUCUAUGUCUUUGCGGCAGGCAACGGUGCUGGGAGCGACGACAACUGCAACUUUGACGGCUACACCAACAGCAUUUACAGUAUCACCGUCGGCGCCAUCGAUCAGAAUAACGGACACCCGUACUACUCCGAAGCCUGCUCCGCACAACUAGUUGUGACAUACAGUAGCGGUGGCGGCGAUGCCAUCCAUACAACAGACGUCGGCGCAAACAAGUGCACCAACCAGCACGGGGGUACAUCGGCUGCCGGACCUAUUGGUGUAGGAGUAUUCGCUCUUGCGCUCCAGGCCCGUCCUGAGUUGACUUGGCGCGACAUGCAAUGGCUCACUGUCAUGACAGCUGUUCCGUUCGAUACGCCCAGUGACUGGACCAAGACCUCGAUCGACCGCAUGUACAGCCAUCAAUUUGGAUACGGAAAGCUCGAUGCUUACGCGAUCGUUGAGAAGGCGAAGGAAUGGGAGCUCGUCAAACCCCAAGCUUGGUUUUACUCGCCAUGGAUGCACGUGAAGAAGGCGAUUCCCGAAGGCAAUCAAGGUCUCGCCAGUGUCUUCGAAGUCAAGGAAGACAUGCUCAAGAACGCCAACUUCGCUCGCGUUGAGCAUAUCACUCUCACCAUGAACGUAGAGCACACGCGCCGCGGCGAUCUCAGUGUUGAACUCCGAUCUCCAAGCGGCAUGAUCUCGCAUCUCUCCACUGCACGCAGCGGCGACGAUGCGCCCUACGGUUACGUUGGCUGGACCUUCAUGUCCGUCGCUCACUGGGGUGAAGACGCCAUUGGCAACUGGACCGUCAUCGUCAAAGACGUCAAACCCGGUAACGCUAAGACGGGUACUUUCACUGACUGGAAGCUCCGCCUCUGGGGCGAAUGUAUCGACGCCUCUAAAGCCAAACUCCGCCCUAUUCCUGACGAACACGAAGACGACGACCACGAUAAGAUUGAUGAUCAUCCGGCGCAUACCACCAGUGUUACCAUACCCCCUGGUACCACACCUACUAUGACAUCUAUCCCCGAUGACCACCCUGAUCGUCCCGUGAACCAGAAACCUUCUCAAACACCGGCUAACGGUGGUGUACAGACGACGACUUCGGCAACUGCAAGCGCAAGUGCCACGGCGUCUGCUGCUCCAUCUGAGAACUUCCUCCCCAACCCCUUCCCAUCCUUUGGCGUGUCGAAACGCACGCAAGUCUGGAUAUACGGUGCUCUUGCCUUGAUUAUCGUUUUCGUUGCUGGUCUUUGUACCUAUCUCUUCAUCGCUAGGCGCAAGCGCAUGAAGGAAUCACGCGAUGCGUACGAAUUCGAAGUGUUGGAUGACAAUGAGGAUAGGGACGAUGCGGGCUUACUUUCUGGUGCUACCGGUAGGAAGAAGCGCGCUAAGAGGGGUGGAGAGUUGUAUGAUGCUUUUGCUGGCGAGUCUGACGAAGACUUGCUGAGUGAUGAUGAGGGCGACGAGGGCCCGUAUCGGGAUCAGGAUAGAUACAACGAGAAGUAUGCACAGGAUGAGGCAAGUGACGACGAGGGCAGUGGCAGUGGAGCAAGCUCGGCGGGGAAGAGGCAGUAG